UGUGUCUGUCUGUCCAUCAUCGGAAGCUAACGAGAAGAACACCAAAUAGUUUCUCUCUGAGAUGGGUGAGAUCGGAGAGAAGAGGUAUGCGCUGCUGAUGUGCGGUGAGGAUUCGGAGUACUUGUUGAAGAUGCACGGCGGCUGUUACGGGAUCUUCGGGAGAGUGUUGGCGGAGGAGGGAGAGAGGUGGGACCUCUACAAGGUGGUGCAGGGACACUUUCCGGCCAACCACCACCUCUCUCUCUACGACGGCUUUGUCAUCACCGGAAGUUGCUACGACGCCCAUUCCAACGACCCUUGGAUUCUUGAACUUCUCCAACUCGUUAACAAAUUGGACUCUAUGCACAAGAAAAUCCUUGGCAUUUGCUUUGGUCACCAGAUAAUCGGGCGUGCAUUGGGAGGGAAGGUGGGUCGAUCUCCGAAGGGUUGGGACAUUGGUGUGAAAUCUAUAAACGUGUCAUCAUCUCUGCCAUUGUCUUUCUCAUCUCUCAAACUCCCAUCACAACUUUCCAUAUACAAAUGCCACAGGGAUGAGAUUCUAGAGCUGCCUCCUAAAGCAGAGGUGAUAGCUUGGUCAGAAAUGUGUGCAAUUGAGAUGUUCAGCUAUGGAGAUCACAUCUUUGGCAUCCAAGGCCACCCAGAAUUCACCCAUGACAUCCUCUUGCACUUUAUAGAUCGUAUUAUUACCCGAAAUUUGGUUCAGGAAGCUUUUGCUUUGGAUGCAAAGGAUAAGGCGGCAUUACUAGAGCCCGACAAGGAGAUUUUGAAAACAUUAUGCGUCAAUUUUCUAAAGGGUCGAUUUUGACUGUCAUCACUUACUACUACCAUUCCAUAAGAUAUAUGACAUGAAAAAGUAAAAAAAAAAACAAAAAACAAAAAGAGUACUGUAAAAUAGUAUUAUCGUGAUAAUAUUUGAGAUAUUAUUAUUAAUGUGUAAGAGGGUUUUACUGAUUAAAGAAACAAGACUUUGUAGGAUGAUGCAGUCUAAUAUUAAUUAGGCAUGCUAUUGCUAAGUUGGCAUCCAUUAUCAAGAAUGUCCACAAUAAUCAUCCCUUUUAGUUA